CGCGCAUUCCCGACCCUCCGGGCGGUGGCGGCGGCGGCGGCGGGGCCCGGCGGGGCCGGGGCGGGACCCCACAAUGCCGCAGCUGGAACCGACGGGGGGAGACGACCUGGGGGCCCCCGACGAGCUCAUCGCCUUCCAGGACGAGGGCGAGGAGCAGGACAAGGGCGCGGGGCGCGGCUCGGCCCACGGGGACCUGGACGAGCUCAAGUCCUCGCUGGUCAGCGAGACCGAGAACCGGGGGGGCCCCGGCCCCGUGGUCGGCCCCGGCCCCGAGGCGGAGCGGCCCCCGCCGCCCCGGGAAAGUUUCCAGAAGCCGCGGGACUCUUUGGCAGAAGUGGUCAGACGACAAGAUGGGGUUUUUUUUAAGGGCCCCCCCUAUCCCGGCUACCCCUUCCUGAUGCUCCCGGAGCUGGGCAGCCCCUACCUCGCCAAUGGAACCCUCUCCCCCGGCGGAGCCCGCACCUACCUGCAGAUGAAGUGGCCACUGCUGGACGUGCCGGCCGGGGCCACGCUGAAGGACAGCCGCUCACCCUCGCCUGCCCACCUGUCCAACAAGGUCCCCGUGGUGCAGCAUGCCCACCACAUGCACCCGCUGACGCCGCUCAUCACCUACAGCAGUGAGCCCUUCCCGCCGGGAUCGCCGCCCGGCCACCUCUCCCCGGAGAUCGACCCCAAGACGGGGAUCCCACGGCCGCCGCACCCCCCCGAGCUGCCCCCCUAUUACCCACUGUCACCAGGAGCCGUGGGGCAGCUGCCACACCCGCUGGGCUGGCUCGUGCCACAGCAAGGACAGCCCAUGUACUCCAUUCCUGCUGGUGGCUUCCGGCACCCAUAUCCCGCCCUGGCCAUGAAUGCCUCCAUGUCCAGUUUGAUGUCCAGCCGCUUCUCCCCGCACAUGGUCCCGCCGCCCGCACACGGGCUGCACCCCUCGGGCAUCCCACACCCCACCAUCGUCUCACCCAUCGUCAAGCAGGAGCCCUCCCAGCCCAGCUCCAGCCCUGGAGGCAGCUCGAAAUCCCCCGUGGCAGUAAAGAAGGAGGAAGAGAAGAAGCCCCACAUCAAGAAGCCUCUCAAUGCCUUCAUGCUGUACAUGAAGGAGAUGAGGGCCAAGGUGGUGGCCGAGUGCACGCUGAAGGAGAGCGCGGCCAUCAACCAGAUCCUGGGCCGGCGGUGGCACUCGCUGUCGCGGGAGGAGCAGGCCAAAUACUAUGAGCUGGCGCGGAAGGAGCGGCAGCUGCACUCGCAGCUCUACCCGACCUGGUCGGCGCGGGACAACUACGGCAAGAAGAAGAAGCGGAAGCGCGAGAAGCUGGCGCAGCAGCAGAGCCACGACACGGACGGCUCCCUGCCCUCCAAGAGCAAGAAGCCGUGUGUGCCCUACCUGCCGGCUGAGAAGCCGUGUGCCAGCCCAGCCUCGUCCCACGGCAGCAUGCUGGACUCGCCGGCCACGCCAUCAGCCGCGCUGGCCUCGCCGGCCGCGCCGGCCGCCACGCACUCAGAGCAGGCCCAGCCGCUCUCGCUCACCACCAAGCCAGAGGCCAGGGCUCAGCUCGCCGUGCACUCCGCCGUCCUCACCAGCAAAGCCUCCUCUUCCUCCUCCUCCUCCUCCUCCUCCUCCUCCUCCUCCUCUUCCAGCCUCGGCAGCCCGCCCUCGCUGCUCUCCAGACCCGUCCCCUUUGCCUCGGUGACCCCCACGGCCCUGCUGGCCUCCCCCCCCAGCUCUGUGCCGGCCGCCCUGGCCGUGCUGCAGACGCAGCCCCUGUCCCUGGUCACCAAACCUGCUGACUGAGGGACAAACCUUGGUCCCCUGUCCUCCGCCCCCGCCCCCUCCCCGCUGUACAUUGCAGAAGCCACAAUCAAGAUUCAAACGCAGCCAAAACCAUUAUUGGUCAAUAUUUGACCCUUUCUGAACUCUUUGGAAGCAGACUCUGGAGGAAAGGGGUUUCUGCUCAGAGCUGCUGCCAGCAGUCAACCUAAAGACUGUUUUUAUUAAAAAAAAAGGAAAAAAAAAGGAAAAAAAAAAGUGGAAUAGACCCUCCACAAGCUGCCGAUGAUGGGGAUCUCUGUGGGAUGAACUGAGUGCCUGUCGCUGCCGUGGGGCACAGGGAUGAAACCCGCACGGUGAUGCCAGCACCAAACACGGCAGGUGUUGACUGGAAAUGGUACUCCAUCCCGGACCCAGGAGCAGGAAUGCCUCCAGUUGCUCCCAAAAUCCUGCUCCCAUCCCCAGCUCCGUCCUGGCCGGGAGAUGGUCCUGCCCCGGGGAUGCUGCUUCGUCGGUGCUGCUCCUGCCCGCAGUCGUGCUGGGGUGGGCAGGGUCUGGGGCUGAGCCCUGGGAGGGGUUGUGUUUUUAUCACCUCAAAAUCCUGUUAUUUUUCACAAAAGGAAAUAAAACUACAGCUGCA